AUGGCCAGCACUAGUGCGAGUGGAUUAUUUGGACGUGUUGGCGAGUUCAACGUCGCACGUGAAACGUUUAGUGCCUACGUCGAGAGGAUGGAAAUGUUCUUUACAGCCAACAACAUUGUAACGACAACAGGAGAGGGAAGCGCUGCCACCAACCUUGUGGUAGCGAACAGGAAACGUGCCAUUUUCCUGACAGAAGUGGGGCCGGAGGUAUACACAACCCUCAGCAACUUAUUGGCGCCCACUAAACCGAAGGACGUGUCAUUCACUAACAUUGUGGAAGUCUUGGAGAAACACUACAACCCGAAGCCCCUGGAAAUCGCACAAAGUUUUCACUUUGGCACGCGAAAUCAAAAAUCCGAAGAAUCAGUUAGCGAUUAUGUGCUGGCUUUGAAGAGAUUGGCGGUCCACUGUAAUUAUGGUGAAUUCCUCAAUCGGGCGUUACGUGACCGAUUCGUAUGCGGACUGAACAAUCCGAAGAUACAAAACAAACUACUGAACACAGAUGACCUCACAUUCGAAAAGGCUUGCAGUAUUGCCCAGACCAUGGAGAUGGCAGACAGGAACACCCAAGAAUUUCACCCUUCACGCAGUGAAACUGUUCAAGUAAACAAGUUGACAGAACAAGGAAGUAAAAACACUGAAAAGAAGAACACUGAACAAUUGUCAUGUCCUAGGUGUGGGGGUAAUCAUUCAGGUCAGUCUUGUAAAUUUAAGUCAGCAAAAUGCUACAAGUGCUCCAAGAUUGGGCAUUUAGCUUCUGUUUGUCGCAGUAAGGAUGAAAAGAAAAAGGGUAAAAUUCAUAGUGUACAGGCUUCAGAAUCAGGCAAUGAUGAGUGUGAGGAUGAGGAAUUAGGAAUUUAUUCUCUGAAUUCGCUUGACCAAAACAAGCCUAAUUGCAAUAGGUACACUGUAGAAAUGGAAAUCAAUGGUAAACUGUGUAUGAUGGAGUUAGACACAGCUGCAGAUUUCUCAAUAAUGAGUAGAAGUGAAUAUCUAGAGAGGUUUGCAGACAAGCCUCUGUCUCCUUCUAAAGUAACACUUAAGACAUACACGGGUGAAUUACUUGAUGUGUCAGGGGAAAUGCAGUGUGACAUAGUGUAUAAGGGUAAACCAUACUCUCUACCCAUUCUUGUAGCCAAUUAUGAUGCAAAACCUACUUUACUUGGUAAAAACUGGCUGCGGCACAUUAAGUUUGAGUGGGGUGAGAUAUUUUGUAUUCCCAAGGGAGACCCUAGGAGUGCUGAUAGUCAACUGAAUGAGUUGCUAUCUAAACAUAGCGAAUUGUUUACUGAGAGUUACAAAGGUAUGACGGGCCUUGAGGCCCAUAUUACUAUGAGAGGCGAUGCAAAACCUGUAUUCGUGAAAGCGCGUAGGGUUCCAUACGCUUUAAAAGAGCAAGUCGAAAAAGAGUUAGACAAACUAGAAAAGCAUGGUGUUAUUAAGAAAGUUGACAGGUCACUUUGGGCUAGCCCAAUUGUGGUAGUGCCAAAGGCUGAUAACACUGUCAGAAUAUGUGGAGACUACAAAUCCACUAUCAAUCAGUCAGUUGAAGAUGAGCAAUAUGUUUUACCUACUACUCAGGAUUUGUAUGCUGCUCUGGUUGGCUCUAAGGUAUUUAGUAAGCUUGAUCUAUCACAUGCCUAUGCCCAGCUGAAUGUUGACAAAGAAAGUCAAGAGUACUUGACAAUUACCACUCAUAAAGGCCUUUAUUCCUACCAGAAAUUGCCCUAUGGGGUCAAGUCAUCCCCAAAAAUCUUUCAAGCAAAAAUGGAUCAAAUUCUUCAGGGAAUUGAAAAAUGUGUUUGUAAACAAGAUGACAUCUUGAUAGGGGGCAAUGACUGGCAAGAGAAUCUCAAGAUACUUGCUGAUGUGUUGGACAGGCUACACCAAUACAAUUUGCAUUUAAAACUGGCAAAAUGCGAGUUUUUGAAACCUGAAGUGGUUUAUCUAGGUCUGAGAAUAAGUGCCGAAGGCCUGCAACCGGUGGAGGAGAAGAUCAGUGCAGUGAAAAGAGCCCCAGCCCCAAAGAAUGUGAGUGAAUUAAGGUCCUUCCUGGGCAUGGUUCAGUAUUAUCAUUCCUUUUUGCCAGGGCUGGCUACAACCUUAGCACCUCUGCAUAGGCUUUUGCAGAAAAAUAUUCAAUGGGAAUGGACAGAUGACUGCCAGAAAGCUUUCGAGGCAUGCAAGGAGGGCCUCACCAGUGAGUCGCUGUUGGUCCACUAUGAUCUAAAUCGUGAGCUUAAGUUAGCUUGUGACGCAUCGAGUUAUGGUUUGGGGGCAGUGCUUAGUCAUGUAAUGGAAGAUGGUCAAGAAAGGCCAAUAGCAUAUGCGUCACGUACCCUCAGCUCAAGUGAGAAAAAUUAUGCUCAAAUUGAACGGGAGGCCUUGUCUAUUAUUUUCGGGGUAAAAAAAUUUAAUCAGUUUCUAUAUGGACGAAAGUUCACUUUAGUAACUGACCACCAGCCAUUGUUGGCUAUUUUGGGCCCAAAAGCUGCUAUACCCACACUUGCAGCUGCCCGUAUGCAGCGCUGGGCACUUGUCCUUUCAGCAUAUGACUAUAACAUUGAGUACAGGAGCUCCGAGAAGCACAGCAACUGUGACGCCCUUUCUAGAUUACCCCAUGAAGAGUCUAAGAUUGGCAGUGAGAGUGAGAUUUACAAUGUAAGUGCCAUUGACAAAGAUUUCCCCAUAACUGCAAAAGAGAUUGGGAAAGCUACAUUGAUGGAUCCAGGGUUAAGCAAGGUACUUGAUUGGGUCAUGGUGGGGUGGCCAGAGGUUUGUGAUGAAGAUUUAAAACCCUAUUACACCUGUCGACAUGAACUUUCUUGCGAACAAAAUUGCAUUCUCUGGGGUUCCAGGGUGAUCAUUCCCCCAGUAUUUAGGGAAAAGAUGUUGGAGGAGUUGCAUUGGGAGCACCCAGGCAUUUGUGCAAUGAAAGCAAUAGCACGCACCUGUGUUUGGUGGCCCAAGAUGGAUGAGGAAAUUGAACAAAAGAUUAAACUAUGCUCAGUGUGUCAGGAUGUGCGGACCUCUCCACCUUGUGCCCCAUUGAUACCCUGGAAAUGGGCCACGCGACCCUUUCAGCGUAUUCAUGUUGAUUUUUGUCAGAAAGGGAGUGAUUUUUUUUUUGUGGUGGUUGAUAGUUUUUCAAAAUGGAUAGAGGUUAAGCACAUGACCUCAAUCACCACAGAGAAAACCAUAAAUGAGUUGCGUCUUAUAUUUGCCCAACAUGGUUUGCCCGAGGAGUUGGUAUCAGAUAAUGGGCCACAAUUUGUUUCAAGUGAGUUUGCUGAGUUUAUGUAUAAAAAUGGCAUUAAACAUACCCUAACUCCUCCUUAUCACCCACAAUCAAAUGGUGCUGCUGAGAGAUCAGUCAGGGUGGUAAAGGAGGCGCUUGUCAAACAAGUUCUAGAGGGAAACAAGGGAAGGUCUAUCAAACAUAGACUAGCAGACUUCCUCUUGAGAUACCGUACCACCCCACACAGCACCACAGGUGCUACGCCAGCAGAACUGUUGAUGAGACGUAGACUGCGUACUCGUUUAACUCUAGUGAAACCUGAUCUAGCCAAAACCGUAGAGAGUAAACAAAAUAAGCAGAAGGAAUAUAAGGAUUUAAAGGGUCAUCAAGAUAGGCUGUUUGCAGAGAAUGACAUAGUUCGAGUGAGAAAUACUCAAGCCCGUAGCAAUACUGAGAGGUGGAUUCUGGGAAGGGUAGUUAAGGUCUGUGGACCCAGAACAUAUUUAGUUAAGACUGGCUAUAAGACCAGAUAUGUUCAUGUUGAUCAUUUAAUUAAAGCACAUGAUCAGGUGCCACAUGAAACUAGAGAGUUGGACAUACCUGUCCCAGAACUGUGUGAGCAACCUACUCUAAGUGUAGAUAAUAGCCAAGUUUCAUCCGGGGUGCCGCAGCCACCAGUCAAUUUUUCAGAUAAAGAUAAUGAGCCUAAUUCUAGUAUUAGUGAAGAGAAUGUAAACACACCAUCGCCGGUUGUUCUGAGGCGAUCAGAGAGAAUUAGGAAACCUGUUGACCGACUGAACCUGUAG